GGCUGCACCAUGGGCCCGCUACUGCGCGCCGCCCUCCUGCUGGCCUGGGGUAUGUCCUUGGGUAUGUGCGUGAUAGGGCUUGAAGAGCCUGGCCCUGAAGGGCUCACUUCUACCUCUCUGUUGGAUCUCCUGCUGCCAAGUGGACUAGAGUCAGUAGAUUCAGUUGAGCCAAGUGAGGCCAUCGGGCCAGGAGUUGGGUUGGGAGGCCCUGGUUCAGGCUUCACCAGUGAAGAGAAUGAAGAGUCUAGGAUUCUUCAGCCGCCACAGUAUUUCUGGGAAGAUGAGGGAGAGCUUAAUGAUUCCACCUUGGACCUGGGACCCACCGAAGACUACACCUUUCCACUCUCACCACAGAAAGUAGCACCAGGAGAAGACAAGAGCCAGGACCAAGAAUCUCCAAGCCUCUCCUCUCCCCUGCCCACGAUGAAUCUGGCUGAGCCACCCUGGCAUAAUCCUCCUGAGGAUUUGGAUGAAGAGGAAGAGGAGGAGGAGGAGGAGGAGGAGGAGGAGGAGGAGGAGGAAGAGGAGGAGGAAGAAGAGGAGGAGGAAGAAAGGGAACCAAAAAAGGAACAGGAGGAGGGAUUGCUUCCAGUGAAUGGGUCCCAGGAGACACCCCAAUCUCAGCUCCCUGGCCCCUUUUCUACCAGCACUACCCCACCUGGCUCAGCAGCAGGGGCUCCCAGAAACAGACAUGAAGAUCCUGCGGACCAGGGUGUGGAAGUGGGGAGCAGCGUGGAGCCAAGCUUAUCCCCACUUCCCAUCAUCCCAGCUACAGUGGCCUUGGGCAGCCAAGACUUUACCAAGCAGGAGGCAGAGGGGACUGUGGGAGUGUUAGAACAAGAUAUGGGGCAUGCUACAGAGUUAGAAGUCCGUGGGGGAAGAGAUGAGGAGGCUACAGUGGUAACAAAAGGACCAGUGGUCAAGCAAGGGGAUGAGGCCCCUUCACUGUCACCUACUCAAAGAAAUGUACCAUUUGGGGGUCCUUCCCAGACCAGGAUCUCUGCCUCUCCCACCCUGGACCUCAAUGGAAUAGAACUCACUUCCUCUGCUGCUGCCACAGAGCAACAAGACCUUCCUCUUCAAGCUGAGGAUGGGAAGGCUCCUGGGGUACCCACCAGAACAUCCUGGGACCCAGCUCAGGUUAUCUGCAAAGACUGGAGCAACCUGGCGGGAAAGAACUACAUCAUCCUGAAUAUGACAGAGAACAUAGACUGUGAGGUGUUCCGGCAACACAGAGGGCUUCGGCUCCUGGCCCUGGUAGAAGAGGUACUGCCCCGACAGGGGGAUGGUCGUCCUGGGGACUGGCACAUCUCCCUGAGCAAGCCCAGUGAGAAUGAGCAACAUUUGCUGAUGACCCUAGUGGGAGAGCAGGGCGUGGUUCCAACUAAAGAUGUCCUCUCAGUUUUGGGUGAUAUCCGGAGAAGCUUGGUGGAGAUUGGCAUCCAGAAUUACUCCACUACCACCAGCUGCCAGGCCCGGCCAAGUCAGGUCCGGAGUGACUAUGGGAAGCUCUUUGUUGUGCUGGUUGUCAUCGGCUCCAUCUGCGUCAUCAUUAUCGUGCUAGGGCUCAUCUACAACUGUUGGCAGCGUCGCCUGCCCAAGCUCAAGAACAUGGCCCAUGGAGAAGAACUUCGCUUUGUGGAGAAUGGAUGCCAUGACAACCCCACAUUGGAUGUGGCCAGCGACAGCCAGUCAGAGAUGCAGGAGAAGCAGCCAAGUCUGAAUGGGGGCAGCACGGCCAAUGGGCCUGGGGGCUGGACUGUGCUGAUGGGCGGCAAGAGACACCCUGAGGACUCUGAUGGAUUUGAGGAGGACACACACCUGUGAAUUGGGUGGGGGGACCAGUCCCCUCCCUCCCCUCCACCACAACCAGGCAUACUCCUUUCUUUCCACCCCAGGACUUUGGACCAGCACUCUGGACCAAACCAGAGUGAUAUUGUUGAUGGGGUGUGAGUGGAACAUGUUCAGGUCAGGUUAGGUAUGUCGGAGAGAUAAGUACCCAAUUCUGUCCUGCUUUAGAGACAAAUCUGUAUUAUUCUGCUCGAAGCCCACCACUAGGUCAUGUCUCUUUCUCUUCCUCUAAAUCACCUUUCACCCUUCCGUCCCAGCCUGGCAUCUGCCUCUCUGCUGGCCCUGAGCAUCCCAAGCAGAGAGCUGAUGACUUGAUCUCCGCCCAUCUCCAAGAGCUUGGGUCUGAACCUACAAUGUCAGGCUUGAGCACCUGAGACAAAGAGAAAAGAAAGUCCAGGUCAACCUUCAUUUUCUGUUCCACCAGAAAGCACCACCAGGAAACCCGAAUAUACUAUACCCCUUCCCCCACCUCCUUCCUGCACCUCCGUUUCCCACAUCUUGCUUUGGCUAACCCCAAAGCACAGAAGGGGUGGGCCCAAAGCCUGGUAGGGAUUAGGACAAUGCAGCCCACUCUCUGCUUCUCACAGCCCUCAUUUCCCCUUUGCUGGUGUGGACCGGAUGGGAAAGCUAGCAAAUGAGGUUGCCCCUUCUCCUUUGGGAGCACCCCCUCCCCAGGUAUCCCAGAUGCCACUGCUACUUCCCUUGGUCUAUGCAACCAAGGUUUAUGAACCAGCCCACAAAUCUUGCCUGGCCGUUUUCCCAAACAUGGGUUAGAGAAAAAAUGCUUCACUUCUGGACACCCUCGAUCUGUUGUGCUGUUGCCAAGCUGACUUCUCAUGUGCUCUUGAUCAACCGCAAUUUGCUGAUGGGUGGUUUCUCCAAAAUCACUGCAUACUGCCCCAGUAGCAGCUGUGAUUCAUUCUAAGCUCUUCAGGGCAGGCAGAGAAUGCUGUUCCCCUGGGGAUCCAGGCAGGGUGCCUGAAGGUGGAA